AUGACUACGAGCUCUACCACAACCUCUGCGACGACCUCUGCGACGGUCACUCCAGAUACACCUCCUGACCGGGUAAUGGGUGACGGAAGCUUCUUGGUGUCUCUCAAUGGGGGUCUCGGGUCGAAGAUGAGGCGCCAAACACUUACAAGCUACCUUGGCUUCGCGGGCACUGUUGCUAUUGCUGUCACUGACAUGGACGACGCCUGGGCUUUGGUGUACGAUGAUCAAAACCAGAUCCUCGGGUUCAGUGGGCAGUCUGGCUUCAUGGGCUUUGACAGCGACACAAUGACGGAACCACUUCGCAAGUCCAGCACUGAUGGCACCUAUGCUCCAGCAGUCUAUUCCGGAUGGGAAAUCAACGCCAUCUCCGGUGACAUUGACUUCGGAACCGCCCAAUUCUGCGUCUUCACCAACGCCACGGUCUUCGCUUAUUGGGAUUUUAUUCUCCCUAAUGACUGUUUCCCUGUUAGGCUCACCGACACAAGCAUCAACCCUGGCACGACUUCAACCACCAGCAGUAUGUCCAGCACUACAUCCUCCAGCUCUACUUCCUCGACUAUGACUACCACCACCACCGCCUCUUCAGUGGUGGAUGACACUUCCACCUCAUCAUCCUCAUCCUCAACCUCCAUGUCCACUUCGUCUAGUUCCACGACCUCUUCGUCCUCUACCUCGACGACCAGUGAGUCAAGCACGUCUUCUAUGAGUGAGUCGAGCACAACCAGCUCCACCUCUACUUCGUCUAGCUCCGCCUCAUCUGCGGUGGAUCCCUUCUCCACUUCAUCAAGCAGCUCGAGCACGUCGACUCUGUCCACGACUACAAGCAGCUCGACAUCCACGAUGAGCACGACCACGAGCUUUGAUGAUAUCCCGACUUUCACCACGUCUUCUACCAGCACUAGCUCUAUGACGAGUAGCUCAGUUAUUGGCCCCGUCGAACCUACAACCACGAGUUCCAGCAGCACGAGCUCGACAUCCACAAUGAGCACAACCACGAGUUUUGAUGAUAUCCCGCCUUUCAGCACAUCUUCUAGCAGCACAAGCUCUAUGACAAGUAGCUCUUUGAUUGGCCCUAUUGAACCCACAACCUCGACCACAUCGGCUGACAGCACAUCUACGACUACUUCUGAGAUGACGACCACGACUUCAUCAAUGACUACUACUUCUGAGAUGACGACCACAACUUCUGACAUGACUACUACUUCUGAGACGCCGACCACCACUUCGACAAUGACUACUACUUCGUCGAGCUUGAUUGAUCCAGUAGAACCUACCAGCACAUCAUCAUCCUCUACAAUGUCUACUACCGAAUCGUCAAGCUCGACUAGCUCGACCAGCUCGACCAGCUCCACGACCUCCACGACCUCGGAGACGACCUCAACAACCUCGGAGAUGACCUCGACAACCUCAAUGACCUCCACGACCUCGAACGGGGACGCAACAAGCACUACCAGCAGCACCGGCGCAUCAAGCAGCACCCCGAUCUAG